AUGAACAUGGUGCGACACCUCGUUCCUGUCGCUCUUCUCCUCAUCGCUGUCUACUUACCUCAAUCAACUUCAGGCGCCGAAAUUUCUGUUCGUAUCGAAAGACACUUCCCAUGCUCGGCAAGUUCAGGACCGAAAAAGGAGAAUCUACUUAUCAAAUUUCCCUCAUACAAAACUGCUGGUGUUCAGUUCCACGAGGAGACGAACUCGCAGGGUCAUAAAUGCUUCCGAAUGAGCGGAGGAAAGGUGGAAGUAUACCCACCUGGUUUGAAUGGCUCCAAGAAGUACUAUGUUCAUCUCGAAACACGUAUUGGAAUCCAUGGAAAACCGGAGAGAUGCGUAAAUGCAGAUAGCAGUGGAUGUGGUGGAAUUGGAUCAUGCGUUCAUUGCGACAUCUGUCAAACAAUGGGCGGCUCGUUGAAGAACUUCGUGCAAAUCUUCCAAGGAAACAAACCGGCUCAAUGCUCCAGCCAGGUACAAUCACGCUUGCGGAGAAUCCACAAUUACCAUAACACGAUAAGUGAUCGUGGAAAGCCUAGGAAACUAAAAACGAAAAUAUUGAUAGAAAAAUAUUCUUCAGUCAAAGCCCAACAUGCUGAAGGCAGCUUUGCUGCUCGAAUGGAUGCGUCUGCACUUAUAAGUAGAGAGGAGCGAACUCCUUCGCAGACUGCGUUGUCCGCGCAGAUAGGCAAACUUGAGCUUGUUGCAAACUUGUCGGACUUUCUUCAUCUCGUUGACCUUUCAGUCGCGCUCAGAGCAGAAUCAACCUCAUCCCUCCCUUGGAUAGUAACUCACUUGUCGUAA